CUCGACCUCCACAACGAGUACCGCGCCAAGCACGGCGUGUCGGCCCUGACGUGGAGCGACAAGCUCGCGAGCACGGCGCAGGCGUGGGCGGACCGGUGCGUGUUCGAGCACGGCGGCGGCGAGGCGAUCGGCGCCGGCGAGAACCUCGCGGCGUGGAGAGGCGGCUCGGGCGACGUCUCGCAGGGCGUCCAGAUGUGGUACGACGAGGCGUCCGACUACGACUACUCGUCGCCGGGUUACUCGUCCGCCACGGGCCACUUUACCCAGAUGAUCUGGGCGUCGACGAGCCAGGUCGGGUGCGCCGUGUCCAAGUGCUCGCCGCUC